AAGCCUAGGGACAUAUUUUUUUCCUUAUUGUCAUUAAACAUCACGGACUUGCACUUUCACGGGAAAUAAUUAAAAUGGAUGGGCAGAUUAUACUCUGCGAUGGCUUCGAGGUGGUUCCUCCGCCUGAGCCGCCCGUGAUGAACGAGCUAAUUCUCUCUGAAAGCGACCAAUCUGUGUCAGAUUACGAGAUCACCACCGACGAAGAAGACACUGUUUUUUCCGGUGAUAGUUCACCGGAAGUUGGAGCUGAUGAAGAGGAUUGGCAUGGAGAUAAACCUUUCUCUUUCUACUUUGUUAAGCAACCGGUUUUCGAUGAUCCCGAGAUCAAAGCCAAGAUUGAUGAAGCCAAUGAGGAGAUUUUUCAUUGUAAUAAUCUCCGAAUCGAUGUCCUCAAUGCUAAGAAAUCCGAAAAGGCUGAGAUUUCGUCUUUGUUUGCUCAAAUGAAGAGUUUGGUUCCUAAAUCGGAACAAUAUAGAGUGGUUUUUGAAGAGAAGAAGAGGGAGUUUGAUACUCUACUUGAAGCUCUACGGAAUCUCCGGUGCUCUACUAGUGAUCAACUUUGUUUUUCAAAGGAGGAACUAGAUCAUCUUAUUUAUAUAGCUCAUUAUCAUAUUGAAUAUGGUAGCAUUGGUUUGGAAGAAGACGAUUGGGAGCUUAAAGACGCCGAGAAGCUUGCGGAGAAAGAAGCUUCUAUAAACCGUGUCAAGUCUAUGGCUGUGGAGUUAAAUGAAGUAAAGAAUGAGGUCGAUGCGAUUACAUGGAAGAUAAACUACUUGAAUGACAAAAUGGGGAAGAGUCAGAAUAAUAUUAGGGGUUUGGAUGUAGAAAUGGCACACAUUCUUGAGAAGAGGGACAGAUCCUAUGAAAGGAUAAAGAUGCUGAGGAUACAACGAGACAAAGGGAAUGCUGCAUUUUUCCAGAGCCUUCUUGUUAUGAGUAAAGCUAAAGAAUUGGCUGCUUCUGGAAAUGUUACAGAGCUUGAAGUGUUUGCCAACUCUGAGGUUGAUAGAUUCAUGACUCAUUGGAAUGAUGACAAAGCCUUUAGGGAAGAUUAUGUAAAAAGAAUCUCGUUUUCACUCGGUGAAAGAGAACUGAACGAAGAUGGCCGAAUUAAAGAUCCUGAGGUUCAGAUCUUUUGGGAAAAGCAAGUCAUGGUUAAGACUAUGAAGACGAAUAGAGAAGAUUUCAGCUCCAACUUGUCUCAAGAUGGAAAGGUACUUGCAUAUAAAAGAAAGAAAGAAACGAAGAAAAAGGCGAUGGAUUUCAACAUGUCGAGUGCUGACGAGAGUGACGUUAUAGAUUUGGAAUUCCCGGUGUAUCAGAAACCAAAGAAGGAAGGAGAAGUGGUCGAUGAAGAAACUUUGGAGGAGAGGAAAAGAGAAGAGCAGUUAGAGAAAGCCCGAUUAGCAAUGGAAAGGAAGAGGAAGCUGCAAGAGAAAGCUGCUGCUAAAGCAGCUAUAAGAGCUCAAAAGGAAGCUGAAAAGAAACUCAAGGCAAUUAUAUUAUCUGAUUAACUCUCCCAUUUCGCUUGUCGGUUUCUUAUUUCUUUGUUUUGUUUUCAGGAGUGUGAGAAAAAGGCGAAGAAGAAAGCUGCUUCAAAAUCAGACCAAUCACGAGAAGUAAUCAAUGAGGGAAAGGUUA